AUGUCCACCGCCGUCUGGCCGCCCAUAGACGUCUCCCAGCUUGCUCACGAGCAGGCUGUCUCACAGGCUCGCGAGUUGGAGUGGUUGCUAGGUGAACUCCGCGACACGCUGCAGUCACUAAAAGCUGGCCUCGAAGAAUGCGCUGCCCUGCUGGCCCCCGUCGAGAACGGUUCCACGCUUGUGCUGUCAUCGGUGCGCUCCGAGAGCCUCAAGGGCCUCGUCACACGCGUGGGCACUCGCAUCGUGAAAGGCAAUGUCCGAUUGCGCCUUCCUAGCCUUCCACCUCCCCGCGGCUCUCCAUCUUACGACCUGUCCAUUUCCUCCGCCCCGCAAGCACCGACGCUGGUUGUCCCUCAGUUGACCUCCGUCCGAACUUCCAUCAAUACCUGCCUCGAUGUGAUAGACGUUACAACAUGGACGGGAGACGCGAAAGAUGCCAACUUUGUCGCUGGCCAGCUACGCCUGCUUUACGAUCAUAUACAAGAGGGUCGCCAGGCGCUCAAAGGCUACUCGGAUGUGCAGUCAGCGUGGUGGGAGACUCCAGUGGAUGAGCAGACUCCACAGAUAUUCGAUCCUCCAUUGCCCCCGAACGUCUCGUUCCAUCUUUUUGUUUUCGACGCUGCUCUUGUUCUGGAGAUCCGCACUCUCGAGCUCCAGAAUGCGGCCGAGGAAUCAUCAUAUACAGGCUUCAACUUCCGCGAUCGACUCGCUGUUGCUUUAGGAGGCGCUAGACCACCGACUCACGAUGAAGCCGAGCGUUUAUUCUCUUAUCGAGGUCAGGAAGUUCGCGUCAAAGAGAAGGUACGGGUUGAGAGCCAGGAUCCAGCUCUACUGUCGGCCACGGCCAAACUCAAUGCUCUUGAACAUAGUGUCAUGCUGAGUCGCAAAGCCCUGCACAUUGUUCUGGGGCGUGAAGAGCAAUUAGAUUGA